UCCGCUGGCUUCCUUCCUCGCUCUCCUUCCGCCUUCUUUCCUGACCCUGCUGCCUUCCUUCGUUCUCCGCCCCCCCCCGCCCCCCCGUGCCUCCCGAGUCGGUGCCCAGAUGCUUCCGAAGCGACGGCGAGCGCGAGCUGGGUCCCCACACAGCGCUGUAGCCUCUUCCACGCCGCCUGCGGCGCGCUUCCCGGAUGUGGCCCUCUAUCUUGCGGAGCCGCGAAUGGGCCGCAGCCGCCGGGCCUUCCUCACGCGCCUGGCGCGGUCCAAAGGCUUCCGCGUCCUAGAUGUCUACAGCUCAGAGGUGACACAUGUGGUGAUGGAGGGGACCUCCGCCAAGGAGGCCAUCUGCUGGCUGAAGAACAUGGACACUCCUCUCCCAGGCCACCCGCAGCCAGCUCUGCUAGACAUUAGCUGGUUUACAGAGAGCAUGGCCUCUGGGCAGCCUGUCCCCGAGGAGGCCCGGCACCGCCUGGAGGUAGCUGAGCCCAGAAAAGAGCCCCCAAUCUCAGUGACAAUCCCAGCUUACGCCUGUCAGCGCCCUACACCCCUCACACACCACAACCCGCUCCUCUCAGAGGCUCUGGCGACGCUGGCAGAGGCAGCAGGUUUCGAAGACAACGAGGGCCGUCUUCUCUCCUUCUACCGAGCAGCCUCGGUGCUCAAGUCCCUUCCCUGCGCUGUCACAUCUCUGAGCCAGCUGCACGGGCUGCCCUACUUUGGAGAACACUCCUCUAGAGUAAUCCAGGAACUGCUGGAGUGUGGAACAUGUGAGGAGGUGGAACAAGUCCGCUGCUCAGAAAGGUACCAGACCAUGAAGCUCUUCACCCAGGUCUUCGGGGUUGGGGUGAAGACUGCCGACCGGUGGUACCGGGAAGGACUGCGAACCUUAGAUCAGCUGAGAGAGCAGUCUGAGAGACUGACCCAGCAGCAGAAAGCAGGGCUCCAGUAUUACCAGGACCUGAGCACACCGGUUAGUCGAGCUGACGCGGAGGUUCUGCAGCAGUUGGUAGAGGCAGCUGUGAGACAGACCCUGCCUGGAGCCACUGUCACACUGACCGGCGGUUUCCGAAGGGGGAAGACGCAAGGCCAUGACGUCGACUUCCUUAUCACCCACCCAGAGGAGGGCCGAGAAAUAGGGCUGCUGCCCAGAGUGAUGAGCUGCCUGCAGAGCCAGGGACACGUCCUGUAUCACCAGUACCACCGCAGCCACUUAGCAGACUCCGCCCACAACCUGCGGCGGAACUCCACCAUGGAUGCUUUUGAGAGGAGUUUCUGCAUCUUUUGCUUGCCACCACUCCAUCAGACAGCUUUAGAGGGGGCCUCGCAUCCCUGCCAAACCCGGAGAGCUGUGAGGGUAGAUCUUGUGGUCACCCCCAACAGCCAGUUCCCCUUUGCUCUUCUGGGUUGGACUGGCUCCCAGUUCUUUGAGCGGGAGCUAAGGCGGUUCAGCCGGCAAGAGAAGGGGCUGUGGCUAAACAGCCAUGGGCUCUUUGAUCCUGAGCAGAGGAGAGUUUUCCAUGCGACUUCUGAGGAAGAUGUUUUCAGACUCCUGGGCCUUAAGUACCUUUCCCCAGAGCAGAGAAAUGCCUGAACUGAGGAGUGCCUACUGAGGGGCUGCCAGCCUCUCCCCUGACCCGGACAGUUUCCAGAGGAGCACUGCCACCCCAUGGCCUCACCUGUGCAAAUAGAGCUGUCACCUCCUGGGACAGUAGAGUAUGACCCCGAGCCAACUUACACACCUCACAGUCAGGGGCGCUCCGCAGUUCACGCAUCAUGGACCUGUGGCAGAGUCUCACGUCUUGGUUCCAGUCCAGCUGUGGUUGCUCUGUCUGCUGCAGAGGACCCCAUUCAACGUGCCAGAAAAGAGACCUACGUCCCUGCCCUGGGCUUGAUAUGAGAAGUAUUCCAGCAAUGAGGUGGCGCACAGAAGCAAGCCGCCUGCCUGAGUGCUGUGCUGCAGCAGGAGGCUGUCGGGACAGCCAUCUCCAUUGCUGGCGCUGUUGGCACUACCCCGUGCAGACCUGGGUACCCGUACCAGACUUCAUAAGCUGCGCAGCUCCAGAAUCGUCCCCCGACCCCACCCCACACUCCCUCC